AUGCUCUUUCCUAUCGGCGCCUCGCCCAUGGCCAUCUCUGGCCGGGUCGGGCCCUACGACGGCUCCAGGUCCUCCCACGCCACCGGCAGCAAAGCUAGCACCUCCUUUUUCAAUGGCGGGAACAACGACGACUUUGACACCAAGGACCACCAUGUCCCCAUUUGGGGAUGGGUCCUGAUCGGUGUCGGUGCUGCCCUGGUGCUCGCCUUCGUCGUCUCGUUCUUCUUUAACGCCCUGCACGAACGCCGCGCGGCUCACAGCGAAAACCGCAAGCCAAGCUAUGCCCGUGCCGCCCUCGACGGUCUCAAGUUUGCCCUCUUCUUCUGGGUCUUCGCCGCCAUUGCCCAAGGCGUCCGCUCCGUGCUGGGCCGCGGCAAGAAGGCCAGUGCCACCACAUCGUACAGCAAGGUGGUCCCCACGGGCGCCAACUACGACAACAAGGAUGCCCGCAGCAGCCGCAGCUACAACAGCAGCAUGGCCUACGGCGGGAAUUCCGGGAUUUCAGACGACCACGACCACGACGACAUCAGCCAGGAGCCCUGGUCGUCGGCCGCGUACGGCGACGGCGGUUCCGGCCAUGCCGCCCAGUCGGGCCACCGCUACACCGCGAGCAACGAAAAGUACGAGCCGUACAGCAGCGGCGCCGCCAUUGGAACGGCAGCGACCACGAACACGACCGCCGUCAGCGUCGGUUCGCCCGCCAACCUGCCGUACUCGCCCAACAGCGCCUACACGUCCGUGUCCGCCGGCAACCUCCCUCCUGCGGUGCACAUCACGCCUGCCGUUUCGCCCUUGGCGACGCCGCUGCCCACGCCGGCCGCUGCGACGGAACCGCUCAUGGCGUCGUCCACGCCGUCUGCGACGUAUGUUCCGGGCCAAGAUGCGCGCCCCAUGUAUUAG